AGAAAUGCUUUUACUGAAAACUAACACUAACACUAACACCAACACCAACACCAACGUGGCCUCUAUUUCUAAAGCCCAAACGUUCAACACCAACGUCAUCAGAGUCAGUGUAAGUUUCACGCACGCUGAUCUGAGUCACAGCUGUGAAAUCCCCACCACCAUUCUUUCCCCAAACCUUAAUUUACUCGCUGGGAAACGCUCUCUUCUGUGGGAUGGAGCAAUUCUGGUCUGGGAGUGCCAUCAAUGAAAACAAAGGGAUGGUGGAGAAUUUGCAGCGUUAUGGAGUAAUCACAUCUAGAAAGGUAGCUGAAGUAAUGGAAACCAUUGAUAGAGGUUUGUUUGUUCCCGAUGGAGCCCAACCUUAUGUAGACAGCCCCAUGCCUAUAGGCUACAAUGCCACUAUAUCUGCACCGCAUAUGCAUGCCACGUGCCUUCAGUUGCUGGAGAGGAAUUUGCUACCUGGGAUGCGUGCUCUGGAUGUUGGCUCUGGAACGGGGUACCUGACUGCGUGCUUUGCCUUGAUGCUUGGACCCCAAGGCCGUGCUAUUGGUGUGGAACAUAUUCCAGAAUUGGCAUCUUUUUCAAUCGAGAAUAUUCGAAAAAGUGCUGCAGCCCCACUAUUGAAAGAUGGCUCGCUUUCUGUGCAUGUUGGUGAUGGAAGGCAAGGUUGGCCUGAGUUUGCUCCUUAUAAUGCCAUUCACGUUGGAGCAGCGGCAUCAGAAAUUCACCAAGCACUUGUUGACCAGUUGAAACCGGGUGGUAGAAUGGUUAUUCCUGUUGGAAACAUAUUUCAAGAUUUACAGGUUGUGGAUAAGAACACUGAUGGUUCUAUCAGUAUCAGGACUGAGACUUCUGUUCGAUAUGUGCCUCUCACAAGCAGAAAGCUCAACUGCGAGGUUAGUGAAGUGGACGCAAUAUCCUGAACACUUGAAGGCUGGUACUUUAAGAAAUUAGUGGUGUUACAUGAUGUAAGAAUUUGUCUAGUUAAAGGUGGUGAUCAUUUCUUACCCGAAAAAGUCCAAAAAAAAAUAGGUUCAUGUUGAUCAUCUCAUUCAUCUGAAGUAAUAGUAAUAAUUAUUCCAUAGAUAUUCGCGUCUGUUGUCUGAAUGUAUUUUUUUUUUAAAAAAACUAUCUUAUAUUAAACAAUAAUAAAAUUUCUAAACCAUGGCACAGCCCAAAC